AUGGCAGAUAUUAUAAAAACAAACCAGGAAAAUUAUGUUCCCUGUUCGAUAUCUGAAAAUGGAGAAAAGAAUAUUUUGACCAAGAUUCCUUUUCACGGAGAUAAGUUGUUCGAGGAACGUGCCAGGAAUGUGCAAAUCACUUUCCAGGAUGGCCUCACACGCUAUGAACGAUUGGAAGGCUUAUCAACAGAAGCAGCAGACUGGCAUGCAAAAGUUAACUUGUAUUCCGUAAGUGUUAGGGACCGGUCAUUAUUUAUGGUGGGGUGGCAGUGGCACCGAAGAGAAAUGUUUUCGUGGCAAAAAUUUUGCUGCAACCAUUAAAAAGACAAAAAUUUGAUUACCCAACCUCAAAUAUCAAUUAAAAAACAAUUACCCACCCUGGCCAAAACGUUACAAAAAGAUACCAUUCAGUUGUCACACAUGUCCUUUACCACUUCUGUGACAUGAGUUUGAUAACGGCUUGUGAACUUUUCUGCAGUCUAAAGUUUCAUGUUGUCUGCACAUGUACUUUCUUUGGAAACACCAUUUGUUUUGUCAAAAUGAUCAAGAUAGUGACUCUGAUUGAUUCAUAUAUUGUAUUGACAAAUGACUGUUGACAUUGCUUUUCAGUCAACAAUAUUUUGACAGUGAGUCGUGUUUUUGAAAUGACAAUAAAUUUUUAUUACCCAACCCUUGAGUUGUUUUGUUUUUAAUCUACCAAACCUUUUACUUACUCAAAAUUUUGUUUACCCAACCUUUUUCUUUUCGGUGCCACCCCCCACCAUAAAUAAUGACCGGUCCCUUAGAUCACAGUUUCAAACCAUACAGUAUAUUUAAUGGGAGGACUGGGUAUAAGUCCUCAAGUUUCAGGUAGUCAAUUUUCCAAUUUGUUUAAAUUCAAGGAUAAAAAGGCUGGAGUUAGGUCCCCAACAUGUUACAACUAUUAAGAUUACUAUAAAAUCUCCAUCCAAAUGUGAUCAGCACAAAGCCAAUUCAAGCUUUUAGUUUAUACGUGCAGGGGAUGAUUGGAAUUAACGUAGCAUAUUGCUGAUUAUGCUGGAAAAUGUUCAAUAAAAACUGCCGAAACAACCGAAAUAUUUCAAUAUUUACAAGUAUAAGUUGUCACUGUGUGUUUACACGGCCACCAUUUUUAUUUUUUCAGCAUAAUCAGCAAUAUGAUACCUCACUUCCCGUCAUCCCCUGCAUGCAUAAAUAAAAGCUGGAAUUGCCUAUUAGGAACAGGUUCUAUGAUUGGUUGAUUAUAACAAUGAAACACAGUAGCUAAAGAAUGAAUAGAUUUUCUAAAGAACAAGUUACAAACACUUUUCCAUUUUGCUUAUGGAUGCCGGCCUGUGUACAGCCGUAAAUUCUCCCAUAAUUAACGGGAGGAUUUACGGCUGUACGCAGGCUAAUGGAUGGUAGCUAAUCACAAAACCUGACCAUUUUAGGUUUGUGCUUACUCUCCCAAAUGGCAUGAAUUAAUCAAGAAAUUGCAUUUCAGUGACGUUUAGCACUUCAAAAUUUUCCAAAGAGUAGCAAAUUUUAUCCAGACCCAUCCAGAAGUUUCUUGCACGCUUUCGUUGCACAACCUUUGCCUCACUUUUAUGUCCCUUACACUGCCAUAUUGUACACUAUGGCAUAUAUGUGUCAGCGGCUUUUUGCCCCAUAGGCCAUAGUCAGUGAUAUUCUGUAAUAAAGUAUACACUGUAUGUAUUUAUAUAAACCAUUAACUAAUUGAGUAUGUAAUUAAUUUGAUAAACAUAACAAUGAUUACAUUCAUUUAACAUACAACAACCUGACAAUUAACUGUUUUAGAUUGAAUUUGACAUGUUUGUUGAUGAUGAAUCUGCUAAAGAAAUCGGUACAAGUAGAGCAAGUAUGAACAGAUCGGGUAAAACAAGAGCGGCACAAGGUGUAAAGAAAAAAUUCAAUGAAUAUAAAGAUUUCCAUCAGAAUGAAAUUACAGCCCAUAUUUUGGCUUCAUUUAUGGAAAUGCACAAUAUGAAAAGUAUUGAUGGUAGGUAUAUAUACUGGGUGUCAAAAAAACUGGACACUGUUUGAUUUCAUGUAACAUAAAAGCUAUAAAAGCUAUCACAAUGAAAUAAAGAUCAUUGUAUUCAGAAAGGACUAACUUAGAUUUUGAUAUAUAACACUUAAAUUUACAUGCAAUAUUGAGCGAGAUACAACGAAAAAAAAUUUAUUUAACUACACCGGUAAUUAUGAGGUUGUUUAUGCUAAUUUUUGGAAUUUUAGAAAACAUUAAUUCAACGUUCAAACAUGUGGAUAUACAUUCAGAGUAACAUCACAAACAUAUUCACCUGAGUACAUAACACCAACACAGAAAAAAUCAUAUUACUAUAUUGCAUCGAUAUCGAAGGAACUAAACUCAGUUCCAAAAUAUCACAUACUCGAACCGACCUGACCGCGUAGCUCAGUUGGCAUAGCAUUGGGCUAGAUUUGCAAAGGUUGUAGGUUCGAUUCCCACCGUGGCCAGGCAUAUUUUUCAAGCGUGCCCGGUGUGGAUAUACACUCAGAGUAACAUCACAAACAUCAAUAGCGCAGUUAAUAUUCCAUGUAAAUUCAAAUGCUAUGCAUCAAAAUCAAAGUUAGCCCUUUCUGAUAUAUUCCCAUAAUAUUAUACCUUCAUUGAAUUUGCUACGCCCUUUUGUUAGUCCUGGCACACAUGUCAAAAAAACCCGGUUUCAUAUUAGAAUGAUAUAAAACUGGUUUUUCAUAUCUCUGAGGAUGGUUCUGAAAUACACAUGCCAAGUGUGGCACAUACACUGUAUGUGAUCAAUAGACAUUUCAAAUAAUUGACUUCUCAAUAGAUGGCAAAUGUGGGGCUACCGGCAUGACUUUGAACAAUUGAUCGUGUAUCCAAAUAAAUUGGCCAACAAUUAACAUAAUUUGACAUAUAUAAAUCUUACAGUACUUAUGUGAUAUAGCAAGAUUCUUAUAUGGUUUUGCUACAUUAUAAGUAAAAUAUGUAAGUUGAAAGUAUGUAAUUGUGUUUUUUGUUUGUUUGUUGAACAUGUGCAAAGAUAAAUGUGACGUAGUAAUACCAAAUGAUGAUGCUCCUGCAGAGAUGAGAAAAUUGUGGUUGUUGGACCUCUGUCAAACAUAUGUUGACAAGUACCUUGGGUUUGACAAUGUAAAUGCACUUGUUGAUCAAGUUGUACAAGAUAAUACUAAGUCAGAUGGAUUUACAUGCAGAGCAGAUGACUGUCAAGCAAAAUAUGUGUAUCACUCACGACGAGUCAGGUAUAAUCAAUAAUAGCAUUAUAAAUGUUCAAAUAUAACGGGGAGCAUCUUUGGGGGGACACCUUCAAUAAUCUAGUGGGCAGAAUACUUUGCAAAAUUCAAACAUUGAUAUUUACUGUACAUACUGAUAAUUAUGUGCAUAUUACGUCUGCAGACAUGAAGUCGAUGUACACAAUUUGCAAGUAGAUAUGGGAAAUGGGCCAAGAGAUUCUGAAGGAUAUUUCUACUGUGGAGCCAGUUGUGGUUAUGUCUUUAGCGCAAAUGUACAAGGAACAGUCGUAAAAAAGUCUUUAAUGAAUCAUAAUAAUUACAAUAUAAGUGAAAAACUUAAGUUCAACUAAUAUACCUUUUCCAUAAUUUAGUUAGUUCUUGAGAUAUAUGCAAGACAUAGGUGAUAUGCAAAUGAGCCAAAGAUUUUUUUGUUUGAAUACUGGACUAAUUCAAACAUCUGGGUUUGUAUAUAUUUUAGACAUGAGCAAACAAAGCAUCCUGGUUUUAAAUCUCAAGUCAUUUCAACUGAAGUUACAAGUUGUACGACAACAAAUAAAUGUGAAGACUAA